AUGAAUCCGUGUGUAAUUCCAACGCCUUCCCAAGACACUGUUGGAGAUGGGAGAUGGAUGUCGAUGCACAACAGAUUUGUUCAGCAAGCCAAAAACAGUGAACCCGAAGUCGUUCUGAUUGGUGACAGCAUAAUUCAACAGCUCCAGUUCAGCUCUUUAUGGACUGAAAAAAUUAGCUCCUUGCAUUGUAUCAAUUUCGGAAUAGGCGGAGAUAGGGUGGAAAAUGUUUUAUGGCGCAUUAAAAACGGCGAAUUUGAUUUUAACACUAAAAUAAAGGCUGUGGUACUAUUUGUUGGUACCAACAACACUGAUUGUACUCCUCAUGAAAUUUUCGAAGGCAUUUUAGAAAUAGUCAAAGAAAUCAAGAAUAUUUUGGGCAACGUUAUAAUCGUCAUACCGACUCUUCUUCCUCGUGGCCAAUUCCCUAACCCUUAUAGGGAACGUAACGAUCACGUUAACACUUUUCUCGUUGAUAAAUUUUCUAAUGAGGCUAACAAAGACGAACUCACCGAGAACGUGUAUGUAGUUAAAAUUCAUGAACAUAUUGUUGGCAAUGAUCAAACAAUCAGCCAUCAUCUUAUGCAUGAUUAUUUGCAUUUGACCAAUAAUGGUUAUACAAAAAUUUUUGGAAAGGUUUAUGAUGUUUUGUGUAAAUUGUUAAAAGGUGAAACUAUUGAAUAA